CUUCAGCUUCAGUCUGUAACCUUGGUCUCAUGCACAGGGUCCCAUAUGUCAUUUUUUUUUACGUCUGUGAGUGACAUACCCAACGUCAUGGUUGACCUCCUCCCUAUAUAAUAGUUGCUUCUUGUCCACUUGCCACUAGUUAUCCACACUCACUGGUGGAUAGGGUCCCUCAGCCAAACACUUCGUCUCAGUGUCUUCUUUCACCUCCUGUUCGGUCACCAAAUUCGGAAUAAUGUCAACUAGCACCUCACGGACAAAUCUAUCGUUUGAAAGAUAUCGCCUGGAUGGAAUGAUGUUGUCGUGUUCAUUCUAUGGCAUAUUCUUUCUCCUUACGAUGCAAGCCUGGACUGCUCUCAUGCAGCGGCCUCGACACGGGGGGAAAAUAGCAGAACAUCGUUAUGCACUUCUGUUCUACGUCUUCAUCACGUUCAUAUUGGGCUCAAUAAGCUUUGGUGUGAACGCAAAGUACACGGAAAUGAUUUGGAUAGACAAUCGUGACGCACCUGGCGGUCCGCUCGUGCUAAUCGAAAAUUACACGAGUUAUCGUAUGAACGUUGUGGCACUUUCCGCUGGUCACAUUCAAGAGUGGUUCAUGCAAGCUCUGCUCCUCCACCGAUGUUUUGUGAUAUGGAAUUGGUCAAGAUGGGUGAUGGUCCCGAUGAUCACAAUCUAUGUCGCCAUGAUCAUAAUAUCUAUUUUCACCAUGAGUAUGGUGAACACCGGUACUUCAUUUUACAGCAUCACGAUCGAGCUUGCCUACCUCUGCCUCGAAGUAGGGCUCACCGUCAUUUAUACCAUUCUCGUGACGAAUCGCUUAUAUGUCAUGCGAGGACGGAUGAGGCAGAUCAUGGCCCAAUAUGAUUCCAGCAUAUAUGAUACUAUCGCCCUCAUGGUCAUCGAGUCCGCAGCGUUAUACACCGUCUUCGCUCUUGUCUUCAUAGUUGCAUUUGCCAUGCACGCACACGGCCUCACCACUCUAUGUUUCCUGUCUAUUGGAAAAAUCCAGGGCAUUGCCCAAUUGUUCAUCAUCAUUCGUGUUGCACGGGGGCGAGCAGUGACACACGAGUGGUCGAGCCAAGCUACUACAAUACCUACGGCUAUAGCAUUCUCAGGGAGUGUAUCAGACACAACAGAGGGAACCGACAACGAACGAAUAGGCAGGCCAGAGCAAGAUGUCGUUCAGUUGUAUCCUGAUGCCGAGAAGGCGGCGGAAGUAGCAGUGUCUGUAGUGUGA